AUGGUCCUCCAGACCCUAAGAACUGAGAAGUUGUAUGCCAAGCUGAGUAAGAGUGAGUUUUGGCUUCCAAGUGUAGCUUUCCUAGGGCACAUUGUUUCCAAAGACGCGGUGCCAGUUAAUCCUUGUAAGAUUGAGGCCAUUCUUAAAUGGGAAAGACCAAUGAAUGUAUCUGAAGUUCGCAGUUUCCUAGGACUGGCGGGGUACUUCAGGGGUUUUGUAGAGGGAUUCUCGAAGAUAACACUUCCCUUAACUCGCCUAACCCAAAAGGAAGUGAAGUUUGUGUGGUCUAAUAAUUGUGAGAGAAGUUUUCAGGAGCUCAAAAAGAUAUUAACAACGGCCUUGUACUGA